GCAGUGCUCCAUUUGGCCGCGUCAGGAUUCAGGAGCGGCGCUUUUUGCCAUGGCGGCAUCUCCAUGAUCUCACAGAUCUGCAGAGUCAGUGCUCGGAAGCUGGGAGCUGUGAAGAUCGACGAGGCUGUGUAACUGUUGUUGUUUGGUUCGAAGGCCAGCCCGCUUGGAAGACCUCACUGGAAAUCUCCAGUGUUGGCUGUAUUGGAUAGACUUCAGCCUAGGUCUAGAGCGCCAUCAUGUCGUCCGCAGCUGCAAAGAAAAAGCAGGAUGAGAAGAAUCUUCAAAUUCUUCGCGAGCUUGUUGCCAGGCCUCAUAACAAGAAAUGUUUCGAAUGCCAGCAGAGGGGACCGACCUAUGCUGAUAUGACAACUACAGCCUUUUUGUGCACGUCUUGCAGUGGCUUGCUGCGAGGUAUAUCCCCUCCCCAUCGAGUAAAAUCUAUCUCAAUGACCAGCUUCACGCCACAGGAAAUGCAAUCCCUCCAGGAUGGAGGCAAUGAGAUUGCUCGUCAAGUCUGGCUUGCCAAAGGAAGAAUUGAGCCUCCAGACACGAAGGAUGAGGCUGCAUUCAAAAAAUACCUGUCAGAAAAGUACGAGAAGAAGCUAUGGUAUGAUCCUCAUGGCGCAGUGGCGAGGAAGCCUUCGAGCGAUAGCUCGUCGUCUCGUGCAACCGAGUCUUCUAACAAAUCCACAGAAGUGAAGGGGAUUCAAAGGCCUUCAACAACGUCAGUUCGCCAGAGGCCCAACCAGCCCGGUGGGCAGCAGCCGCCCACCUUGGCACAGACAGCUGCAUCUGCAACGUCAGCCAGUGCAACCAGCGCAGCAGGCUCCACUCCACCUGUCCAGCCCGUUGCCGCUGCUUCCACUGCGACAGGCACGCCGCCUGUCGCGCAUGCAGACAAGCCCAAGCCAGCUGCCAAUCUUCUUGAUGACUUAGGUGGCGGUGAUCCGUUCGGCCAACAGCCUCCAGCUGCUAACAACUUCUUUGCUGACUUUGGCAGUAACAACCAAGCUCCGGCACCAGCAGCCAAUCAAGGUUUUGGUGACUUCACAUCGAGUGCUCCCGUCCCAGCAGGUAAUGCCGCGCCUAGUGGAAUCUUCGACUCGCCAGUGAUGCAACCCAGCAACCCGCAUCCAAUGGCCGGUGGUGGUGGUGUUCUUGCACCGAUGGGCUCUACUGGUUCGGGAUUCGGUGGUGGAUCACCUGCAGUCAAUCCUAGUGUCAGCACUAAUGCCCCCGCAGCUCUCUCUGGUAGUGACAAGUAUGCUGCUCUGGCUGAUAUCACAGGCGACUCUGGUAGUGGCCCAAGCACAAUGUUUGGCGGUGGUGGUCCCGCCAGUGCCACCUCUUCCGGCAGUAUAUUCUCUAGCUCUUCCACCUCUGCUGUGCCUCCUUCAUCUGUGAACUGGGGAGGUGCUGCUAGUGGUCCAUCAAGCUUGAGUGGUGGUGCUGGCGGUCCAUCAAGCCUGGGUGGUGGUGCUGCAGCUCCAUCAAGCAUAGGUGGUGCUAUCAACUGGGGAGCUGGUGGAACAAAUGAUUCAUCUAACACUAGCAGUAUAUUCGGCGGUGGAAACCCUCAGGCUGCUGGGUCGAUGAACGGUUCCGCAGCAGGAUUCGGCGCUAUGACUUCCGGCAACGCUGCUGGAGCAGGUUUCGGUGGCGGUGGUAUGAGUGCUGCCGGUGGUAGUGCUAAUCCAUUUGCUGCUGCUCCUGCUGCGCAGCCUACUCCCGCCGUCCCUAGUGGCGGUGGUAUGUUUGGAGGUGCUGCUGCUGCUGGUGGUGGAUUCGGUGCUAGUGGAGCAUCAGCAAGCCCGGCUAUGGCACCAGCAAAUGCAUCCAACAAUGUCGCAGCGUCAGCAGGUGGUGGUGCCAAUCCUUUUGGUGAUAUUGGCAACAUUGGUGGCACAACCAAGGGACCAGCUAGUGGUGUACAAUUCAAGAAGGCCGUAGAGCCAGCUCCAGCAGCACAACCGCAGCAGCAGCAACAACAACAACAACAACAGCAGCAACAACAACAACAACAAGGUUUUGGUGGCCAACAACAGCCAUUGUCAAAUCAGUUUGGUGCUAUGAACAUGUCUGGCCAGCAGCAGCCGCAGCAACAACCUGGUGGUGGAUUUGGUGGCCAACAAUUUGGGCAACAGCAGCAGCAGCAGCCUCAGGCUGGUGGUUUUGGACAACAGCCGCAACAAGGCGGCUUUGGGCAACCCCAGCAGGGCGGAGGCUUUGGACAACAGCCACAGCAAGCUGGUGGCUUUGGACAACCUCAGCAGGGAGGAGGCUUUGGACAACAGCCACAGCAAGGAGGAGGCUUUGGACAACAGCCGCAGCAAGCAGCAGGUGGUUUUGGUCAGGCACAGCAAGGAGGAGGCUUUGGACAGCCCCAACAAGCUGGUGGGUUUGGUCAGCCUCAGCAAGCCGGCGGAUUUGGACAGCCACAGCAAGGUGGAGGAUUUGGUCAACCCCAACAGGGUGGCGGUUUUGGUCAAGCACAGCCCCAGGCUGGUGGAUUCGGUCAAGCACAACCCCAGGCUGGUGGAUUCGGUCAGCCACAACCCCAGGCUGGUGGAUUCGGUCAGCCACAGCCCCAGGCUGGUGGGUUUGGGCAGCCAGCAGCUCAGCAGCAGCAGUCGUUUGGUGGUAAUCAAGGUAUGUUUGGUGGACAAGCACAGGCAGGUGGUGGCUUUGGCCAGCCAGCAGCAGCUGGUGGCUCUGCUGCUGCGGGUGGUGGCUUUGGAAAUUUUGGUGCUGCACCGGCUAAUAAUGCGUCCUCAAACCAGUUCGGUGGAUUCACAUCUGCGGCCACGCCUGCAACCGGCGCAUUUGCUGGUGCAUCCAGCAGCAAUCCGUUCAUGUGAGCGUUUGCCGUUUGCGAAUAGUGCCCUUGCUUGCCACUACCACCGCCGCUGUGGUUGUGUAUGCCGGCGUUACCUCGCGUCUUUCUCUGGCGCGUGCGUGUAUGCCGUGGAGGAAGCGUUACUUGCUUCAUUUCAAUUGUUGAGCACGUUGAAGGCGAUUCAUGGCUGCUACGCUCUUGAUCACUGAAACGGCACACUUUGGCAUGGUAAGCGACUUUCGCGUACCAUGUGUGUGUGUGUGUGUGCUCGACCGCGCGCUUGUACGUGCAGUCAUGUGAUCGCUCAAAGCUACUGCUGCUGCUAGUUCUAUAUAUAUAUAUUCAUGAUGAUCAUGAUGAUGAUACUGUCACCUUUCAAUCAUUAUCCACAUAGCUGCACACUAACCACACCACCGUGAUACCCCGAUUCAUGUCAUCGGGCCGCAUGCUAUAGUAAAGAUGGGUGUUGCGUAGGUCUAUUUUAUUUCCUUUACGUGUGUCUGUCUGUCUGACUGCGUCCGUGCCCGUUUGCCGUGUCCACUCCACUUUUUACACUUGUCCCCUGUGUGUGUGUUGGUGUUUCUUUAUGUUGUUGUGUACUGCUUGUAAAUGCGCCGCCCCGGUGCACUGAAAGCACUCUUCUGUAUAGCGACCCUAUUCUGGGUUUGGUUGUCUUGGGCACCAUUGAGCCCCGGCAUGCUAUAUGCAACUGUAGACUGGUGUCCGCCUUCGCCACCUGCCUGCCUGCUACUGACUUUUAGGAUUGUGUUGAAAUUCAGAUGGCCUGGGACUUUCCAGUAGCUUGUCAAGUUCACUUUUUUCUUUUGGUUUUCUUGUAAGCUUACUCCGUAGAACUGUCCUCCUUUUUUUCCGACUCUCCCUCUCUCCCGCUCUUUUUUAUUCUCGAUAUCAUACUUAUCCAUUAUGCUACAUGUCACACCCUUUGUCCCUGUCCGUAUCUUCGUUUCCCGGCCCGAAUCCUUCUCUGGCUGCUUUGGUGAGAAGCCCAACAGUGUGUAUGUUCUAAACUGGUGUUCUCAUGAUCAGAUCAGGGAGCGCUCGAUGUUUAGUGAUCUGGCUAGUGCUAUGGUGCACGUUAGCACCACCCCUACUGACACGUUCUAUUCCCUUUCUUCCCCCUUUGCUACCCUGUAUCUAUUUGAGAGUUUACGCUACUUACUUUCUCCCUGUUUUUUCUGUUUUGUACCUGUUCUUGUACAGUCUUCUGCUUAUAGCCGUGUCUAUUUUUUUCGUUUCACUUCUCUUCAAGAUGUACUUGUAACUUUAAUA